AUGUUCCACAUCUUCGCAUAUGCGGUCUCACCCGAGGAGCGCGGCCGGGCUUUCAGCUACCUUAUCGCAAUGGGAUCUGUCGGUCAGACAGUAGCUGGCCUCAUCUGUCCUCAUCUCUACUGGCCGUUAGUCUUCUUCAUAUUUGGCGGAACCGGUCUCCUAUGGGUCGUCUGCUGGGUCCUCUUCACAAAGUCUGUUGGAGAAUGCGAACUUGACGCUCAGGAGUACUUGGCACCACCUCCUAACGUCUCUGGUCAGUCGAUUCCCUGGCGGGAAUGCUUCACCAGGCGCCCUCUUUGGGCAAUCUAUUGUGCCCACUUUAGUAUGAACUGGUCCAACUACAUCAUAAUGCAAUGGUUACCAACUUAUCUGGUCCGUUUUCUGGGCGGCGGACCGAUGGAAAUUAUGCUAACUGCCCUGCCCUAUGUUGCCAACUCCCUUUGCGGCAUUGCUGCUGGCCACUUUGCAGAUAAUCUGGUCCGUCGGGGGUGGAGCGCCCUCUGUGUACGUCGGUUGAUGACGUGCAUUGGACUUGUUGGACCUGGUCUCCUACUCUUUGCAUUUUCUGCGUCAAGCAGCAUCCCCAUUGCAGUGUUGUAA